AUGACAUGCGGCUCUGCUGUUAAACUAGUCAAUAUAAAGUAUAAUGCUCGCUUACAUUCCCACGAUGUGAAAUACGGUUCUGGUAGUGGACAGCAGUCUGUCACUGGUCAACCAGCUAAAGAUGAUGUUAACAGCUAUUGGAUUAUCAAGGGACCUCAUGGUAAAGAUUGUCUUCGAGGGACUGCAAUCAAGUGUGGUGCUACGAUUCGGUUAAUGCACGCUGCAACUGAAAGCCAUCUUCAUAGCCAUCAUUUCCCAUCUCCUCUUUCUCAUAAUAAAGAAGUUAGUUGUUUUGGUGGUAAAGACAAAGGGGAUCACUUAGACAAUUGGAUGGUAGUUUGCAAUACCAAUCGCAAAUAUUGGAUGCGCGAUGAACAGAUUCGCCUAAAACAUGUAGAAUUAGCAAGUUAUUUGCAUCUAACUGGUGACGUUUUCGGCCGACCAAUAAACGGCCAGUACGAAAUUUCUGGAUAUCAUGCUACGGAGCGUGGUAACUUAUGGAAGGCUGCGGUAGGUCCAUGUUAUAUUAAUGUUUUACAUUGA